AUGCAUUCUGUUACGGCAUUGGUUGCCCUUGCGGCUGGCCUUAUCGGCCAAUCUCUAGCCAUGCCUCUCAUUGUUCAUCCCGGAAAUGCUCAUGAUAUUAUCAUCAUCCCGGAGGAGAUACAUGAUGGAAUCCUCGUUGGAGGGACGGCUGCCGAAGGGGACGGACAGUCCACGUCCAACCCCCAGCUAGGUCUGGUUUUGCAAAACAACUAUGGUGCCGCUCCAAUCAACGUGUAUAUCACCGGUCAAGAUUCAAGCGGUGGCAUCGUUUUUGUCCUUCCCGAUGGAACGUUCUAUUAUCCACCAAGCACGACGUCUACGACCCCAGUGUUAAUUACUGAAAACGUUGCUGUCCCUCUCGGUGGCAAAGGAAGCGCAACUUCUCUGUCCUUCCCGGAUUAUAUCUCGUCUGGUCGCAUCUGGGUCGCCGCGGGGGACCUGAAGUUCUACAUUGUUGACGCCGGUGGCAGGGCGGGGCUUGUUGAACCGUCGUCAACCAACCCCACCGACCCUAGCGCCGGUAGCGAUUGGGGAUUUGUCGAAUUGACGAAUAAUGCCGGUGGUAUCUAUGCCGAUGUCAGCUUUGUUGACUUUGUUGGAAUGCCUCUGGGUCUCUCACUGAAGUCUCGGGACGGAGUCCAGACUGUUCAGGGGACAUCCACAAAUGCUGUGUCGGAAGUCUGUUCUGCCUUGCAAGCACAGGCGGCUAUCGAUGGUGCGCCGUGGGAUGCGCUCUGUGUGAAAGAUGCGUCUGGAAAACUUUUGCGUGUCAUGGCACCUGCCGAUUAUAUCACCCUGGAUAACGGAGCGUUCAGUAAUUACUGGACCGACUACGUCAACCAAGUCUGGGACCACUAUACUUCCAACACGCUGACCAUCGAUACUCAAACCUCGAACGGGAAGGUUGCCUGCAGAGUGGUCGGCGAUGAGUUAAAAUGCGAGGGAGACAACCGUGGCUACGCUAAGCCUGGUCCUGUUGAUAUCUUUGGCUGCGACCGUGGACCAUUUUCUAUUGCAGAGAACGACGGUGAUAUCCACAGAGCUGUUGUUCCAAGGCUGUGUGCAGCCUUUGUCCGUUCGACUUUGCUCAUUCCCGGAGGAGAUGUGCAGCCAAGUCUGAGCUCGGAGAACUACUAUACGGUGUCUCCUACCAACUAUUACAGCAAAUUUGUCCACGAGCACGAACUUGAUGGAUUGGGAUACGCGUUUGCGUAUGAUGAUGUUGCGGCCGAUGGACAGCCCAGCGCGGCCGGGUUGGUGAACAACCCGAACCCCGAGGUCUUGACCGUUAUUAUCGGUGGUCCUGCAUAG